AUGUCGUUCUCACCAGCGAACUCGGAUACCAAGUCAGAGGAUGUAGUCUUGACGGAUGAGAAGCUCGAGAGGGUCUUCCGAGAAAUCGAAGAAGCAAGCGAACGACGCGCGAUGCUCGAGGCUGCUCGGGAGAAAGAGGCUCGGGCGAAGGAAAGAGUAAAGGACAAAGAGAAAGAGAAAGGCAGAGAGAAAGAAAAGGAAGGAACGCCCUCACCUCCUCAUUCAACGAGUCCGCUUCCGCUUGACCCACUCGUUAGCGCGCUCUCCAACGUGAAUGCGGACUUGUUGGGGAAAGAGAAGAAGAGGAGGAGACAGAGUAUCACUAUUUCGAGGGUGGGCAGUUACCCUGAUGUCCCCGCCGAACUCCACCGUACUGCGAGCGGUGUAACCUCUCCCGUCCAAUGGUCCGCUUCACCUUUAUAUCGUGCCCACACACAUACAACAUCAACAACCUCCCUAACUUCCACCUCCUCCCUCCCCCACACCCACUCCCGCUCGCACUCUCAUCACCACUCCAAUCCUAACUCACACCCAAACGACUCGAAUUCCUCAUUGGACCGCCUACAACAUGAAGAAGACCUCACACACACAACUCAAAAAGAAACCAUUGUAGGUCGUCGUAACACACUCACAAAGGCAAUGUCCAACGCGUUUUCGAGGGGGAUCUUGACGAGGAUGAGGUCUCGUGGAGCGCUGAAUGAGGCUUAUAAUUAUAAUUAUGGUGGAGAUUUAGGUGUGAUUGGGGGAGUGGAGGGUGAGGGUGUUGUUAUUGGUGUGAAGGUGCAUGAGGCGAGGACUGAGAAUGUCGAGGAGUCGGGUGAUCAUGCAUCUGGGCAAACGGGCACAGGUGAAAGUACGUCGCAGAGUGAAUCUGGUGGAAAGGAAGCUUCUACCUCGGACACAGCGGACCCGAGUAGGCGGAUGAGCAUCACUACUACGACCGUUGGCGGACCACCCAAGAAAUCAGAGAGGGAGAAGACGGGGACAGGAACGGGGGCGAGGGAUCGGUCGGGGAGUAUCUCAAAGUUACGCGGGAAGCUGCCUAUGUCUUUGCGAUCUCCAUCUUCUACACCAGCGCCGUUACCGACACCGAAACCGACACCGUUUGAUGCGCGACAAGCUGCGGAGGACGCGUUGUUGAUUUCUGGGGCUGGUUCUGGUGAAGGUACUGGUAAAGGGAAAGAGAAGGGGAAUGGGAACGGAGGCAAUGGGGGAGAAACACCGACGAAGGAUGGUACGACGACCCCAAUCCCAAUCCAAACCUCCACCUCCAUCUCGGUCACCCCAAACCCGAAUGCGAACGUGAAGCAAACGCGACGAAUCUCGUACUUUGCAAAGGCCCUUGCGGCGAGGUUGAGGAAGAAAAGUGAGAAGGGGAAGGAAAAAGAGAAACAAAAGGUGAAACAAAACGAGAAGGGUAAGGAUAAGGAUAAGAGUGGGGUUGAACAACAGCCUAGUGAGGAGCGGAUAGGAGGAGAAGAUAAGGAAAAGCGGGAACGAGAGCGAUACGUCCUACCCGAACCGAUACUUACACCGUCAGCAGUGGCAGCUGCUACCUCUUUCCCUUCUCCCUUGCCGUCUCCAACUCAUUCAUCCUUACACUCUCCUUCACCCACUCCCUCGCAUUCACAUAGUCAUUCCACCUCACUCUCACCUGCACCUUCACACUCCACCUCCAAUUCCACUGCAACGUCCAUUUCCCGGUCAACAUCCACAUCCACGUCCAGUAAAAAGGGCAAAUCAGCUUCACUCACCCUCCCGACAAGGAUCGCCAUUCUCGAGGAACGAGAAAGCGAAGAAGAAGUGAGGGAGGCGGCGAUGGUACCGUUACCGCCGUCGCCUGCGCCUUUUGCUUCUUUCGUAGGUGCGAGGAAGGCCACUCCCCCGACUCUGACAACGUCGACAAUACAGAAGCCGGAGGAUGUACCACUCCCUCCCUCACCUUUGAACGGGAGUUCUGAUUCGUUGGGACGCAUACAAGAAGAUGGAGGGGUAGUAGACCCGGCUAUGAUCCCUCUCCCUCCAUCACCUACUUCACUCUCGUUCCAGGUCAAGUCGACGAAAGAGGGCAAGGAAGAGGACAAGAUCUCGAACUCUCCACCGGACGUGGAAAUUGAAACAAAAAGGGAGAUGGUGACGGUGCGAGGAUGUAGGCUCCCUCCGUCUGCAUUGCCUGAUUCAGAUUUCGGGCCUUUGGAUGAGUCUGAGAUUGGGCUGAAAGAGGCGUCGGUUUCUGAGGGGCAGGAGGAGGAGGUUGAGGUCGUGCCUUCUAGGCCUGGUGGUUCGGGUGAAGACACGGAGAAGGCAACGGCGGGUUUAUGA